AGUCACUACUUUAUUCGGUGUUAUUUCAAAUUUGUUCUGUGCAGUGACAAGAAAUGAAACAAGUUGCCAUCUUUAGCGCGAUUCUUGUCGCUUUGAUACAUUGUGUCAGUGCCGGUGAUGUUCCCUCUCAGGAUAUCGCGAGGCCCAGCAAGGGAAGACUUGCUCCAGUCGAAGGUAAACGUUUUAUACUUAGCCUGACGAGUAUGAACUGGUUUGCUGCCUAUGGUUUUUGUAAUCAGCAAAACACUACACUUCUAUCACUGGAAUUAGGAAACGCAGACAAUAAAAAGAAAGAGUUUAAAGCUUUUAUAAACUUAUACCAUCUCGAAGAUCAUGAGUACUGGCUAUACGGUAGUCGGCUAGAAGACGAUGUAACCUUCCGUUGGGGUUUAGGUGGUCUGCCAAUUUCUUAUACCGAUUGGUCUACCGGCCAGCCAGAUAACGCGGGUGGCCAACAACGCUGCAUGAAAUUAUUUAAGACUAUCCUGUGGGACGACGAUAACUGCUUUUCUAAAUAUUACGCUGUUUGUCAAAAGUACUAAUUGCUAAGUAAAGUACUAAUACUAAACUAAGCUUUAUUCUUAGUUGGAAAUGUCUGUUUAAUUCUAAAUGGAUAUUACUUCUAAACAGGGUUUAAAUACAUGAAAUGACUUUCUUAUUAAAAGCAUAUAUAUAAA